ACAGCCUUGCCACACACCCAUAAGCUGAGUUCCCAUUAUUCUCACCUGCCGAUCGCUAUCCAUCGCUCUCUCGCGUCAUCCUACGUACGCCGGCUUAGCUCGAUGGCCAGACCAGCGCCAUCGCCGUUGCUCCUGUUGGUCGUGCUGGCCGGCGCGCUGGCCGGCGGAGGCGAGGCGGCGCUGCUGAAGGCGCACUUCUACAGGCCCAGCUGCCCGGCGGCGGAGGCGGUGGUGCGCGACAUCGUGGUGGCCCGCGUCGCUGCCGACCCCGCCGCGCUGCCCGCGAGGCUGCUCCGCCUCUUUUUCCACGACUGUUUCGUCAGGGGGUGCGACGCGUCGGUGCUGGUCGACUCCAUGGCGGGCAACACCGCGGAGAAGGACGCUGGGCCGAACGGGUCGCUGGGCGGCUUGGACGUCAUCGACACCGCCAAGGCCGUGCUGGAGGCCGUCUGCCCCGGCGUCGUCUCCUGCGCCGACAUCGUCGCGCUCGCUGCAAGGGACGCCAUCUCCUUCCAGUUCGGUCGUGACCUGUGGGACGUGCAGCUCGGGCGGCGCGACGGCGUGGUGUCGAGCGCGUCGGAGGCGCUGUCCAACAUACCCUCGCCGUCGGAUAACUUCACCACCCUCGAGGCCAAAUUCGCCAGCAAGGGCCUCGACGUCAAGGACCUCGUCAUUCUCUCGGGCGCGCACACCAUCGGCGUCGGCCACUGCAACCUCUUCGGCAGCCGCCUCUUCAGCUCCACCACCACAGGUGUCGCCCCCGCCACCGACCCGACCCUCAACGCCGCCUACGCCACUCAGCUGCGCGCCGCGUGUGGGUCGCCCUCCAACAACGUCACCGCCGUGCCUAUGGACCCGGGCAGCCCCGCCCGGUUCGACUCCCACUACUACGUCAACCUCAAGCUCGGCCGUGGCCUGUUCCGCUCCGACGCCGCACUGCUCGCCGACAGCCGCGCCGCCGGCAUGAUCCACGCGCUGACCAAGGAAGGCUACUUCCUGCAGGAGUUCAAGAACGCCGUGCGCAAGAUGGGCCGCGUCGGCGUGCUCACCGGCGGGCAGGGAGAGAUCAGGAGAAACUGCAGGGCCGUCAACUCAUGAACUGAUUGAUUGGUACAUAACUACAUAUACGCUGUGAUGUUUUGGUGGUAAUUAGUUAUGAUUAGUUUGUUUGUGUUUAUAUCCUUGGUGUUGACAUGAGGGAAGCCGUAAUGAAUAAUCAGGCCGGCUAUUGUCGAACACGAAGACUAGGCCGCCGGCUAUGGAUUCUUGGGUUGCAUAAUUUAUUUAUUUUUGUGGUUUCGAGUUGCAUAAUGUGUGGAUGCGUUGAAAAGAGAAAUGAGAUUUUCCUUGGGCGGUUA